AUGUCAUACUCUGUGACCCAAGCGGAUAUCAGGUAUUGGAAUGCCAUGGGCAGUACCGCCGCUGGGACGUCAAUGAUUCUAGCUUUAUUCAUACUAGUUUCAUCAUGCUGGAUAUACACCCAUAGGUUGGCCAGACAUACUCUCGACAGAAUAUCAUUUAGGCUCUUACUUUGGUCGAUGGCUUGGGAAGUGGGUUAUAGUACGACUUAUCUUGUUGUCUGUGCCAAUCCAUCAUUCGUGGUUGAGUAUAAAAAGACGAAAGCUUGUGUGGCUGGAGCUUACUUUAUGAUUGGCACUAUCGGAGUGGUCAAUUGGUUAUGUACUUGUAUAGCAAUCAACUUGAUGGUCACCAUCUGUUUCAACCGUAAUCCCAUCCAAUUAGGGUUGGAAAAAUGGUAUAUCAUCGGAUCGACCGUUCUAGGUUUAGGCGUACCUGUCAUUCCUGCUAUCAUAGGACAUCUAGGAGAAGAUCCGGUAUUUGGAUCUUGUUUCAAUUGUUUAAUUGGCUCGAUCUUAGCUACUUCACCUCGAUAUUUGUGGCAGAUCUUAUCAUGUGUAAUCGCUACCGUCGCUGUCAUAGCGACAUUGGUACGAUUAAUACGACAUGGCCGUAAAACCACGCGAUUGAUGAUGGGUGGCAGUUCUCUGAAUAAAGCAUUUCAUGCAGAUCCGGAGAACGGCCAAGGGUACGGACAAAGUCCAGCUUCGAGUGGUGGAGGCGGAGGCGGACAAACAGAUUCGUCUUUCCAGGAUAGUCUACCAAAUUGCCUAAGAUUCAAUUUUCAACAAGCUACCAGACCCAGAUCAACUACGAAUAGAUUACAGGACAAACUGUUCAAGAUCGCAUUGAAAAUAUCACUUUAUCCGAUCUCCUUACUUAUUGUCAAUGGAAUUAUGACGAGUGGGGAUUUAUUCUUGACGUUGUCAGGAGGUAACAACUCAAAAGGAGAUUUCAUCAUUUUCUUGAUUUACAAUUUCAUGUUUGCUGGACGGGGAAUUGUGUUCGCUUGUCUUGGAAUAUUCGUUGAUCCAUGUCUGGCCAGAGGUUAUAAAGCGGCAUUUCAAGAAAGGAACGAGAGUCAGAAAUACUAUACUGAAAGUGAACUUCGCGUAAAAACACCUAACACUGGGGGAGGAUUUGGGAGAAGUAUCCCGAUGAUUGAAAUCUCGGAUAUAUCACCAUUACCUUAUAAGGGUCAUUUGCUGGAGUACGGUGCGGGUUCGGAGGAUUGUUCAACUUCCAAAGGAAAUGCAUCAGAACAGGACAAAGAACAAGAACAUCAGAGUGAAUCCGCGUUCAGAGCUGAAUCCUUCUUGGACAGAGUGGAAGAGAUGAGCAACGUCAAGCUUCCCAAUCUCGAUAGUCGAGGUCAAACCUUGAGCGAUAACAGUCGAAAAACAUCAAGACUAUUGGCGGUUUCGUACCCCGACGUAUGGGAUUCUAAUUCAUUUACAAAGAGUAAACCUGGACGUGAAGCUACGGUAGACAUAACCACCGGGACUUGCACAGGAGACAAUGGUGGUAAUCUUAUACGUUAUGUAAGAAGUGAAAGUGCAUUAGCCGCAGGUGAUUCUACAAAUCAAAUUUCGAUUCCGACGGAUAAGAUGGAUGAAAAGCCACCAUUUGUGAACACAGGGCGAGGUCGAGGUUUUACAGGAUCAGGGAAUAUGAGAGUUGAAAAUAACGUUGAUCCCCUAUCAUCAACAACAGCUGCAGCUGCAUCUGCUGCUGCUGAUGCCGAGGCCGAGGAUAAUGAGAUUGAAAGGAUUUUUCAAAGAGCUCAAAAGAGGUUGUAA